AUGCUAAAAGUUAUCCUACCAACAAUUAUACUACUCCCAACAGCCCUACUAUCCCCUCCAAAAUUCCUGUGAACUAAUACUACCAUGUAUAGCCUGCUAAUUGCCGCCCUCAGCCUCCAAUGACUAAUCCCGACCUACUACCCCUACAAAUUCCUGUCCAAUUGAACAGGAAUCAACCAAAUCUCCUCCCCCCUCCUGGUGCUAUCCUGCUGACUCCUCCCGCUUAUAAUCAUAGCAAGCCAAAACCACCUCCAAGGAGAGCCCCUACCACGAAAGCGAAUAUUCAUUUCAACCCUAAUUAUAGUCCAACCGUUCAUCCUCCUAGCCUUCUCUACCACAGAACUAGCGCUAUUUUACAUUGCAUUCGAAGCCACACUUAUCCCAACCCUGAUCCUAAUCACACGAUGGGGAAACCAACCUGAACGCCUCAGCGCCGGCACCUAUCUACUAUUUUAUACGCUAGUAAGCUCACUACCCCUUUUAAUCACGAUUAUACACCUGUACGUAAAAAUCGGCACCCUACACCUACCAACCCUAGAACUAACCCACCCAACCCUAUCCACCUCAUGAACAAGCAUUCUAUCAGGACUAGCACUGCUUAUAGCAUUCAUAGUAAAAGCCCCUCUAUAUGGCUUACAUCUUUGACUACCAAAAGCCCACGUAGAGGCUCCCAUCGCAGGCUCAAUACUCCUCGCCGCCCUUCUGCUAAAACUAGGAGGCUACGGGAUCAUACGAGUCACCCUACUAAUAGGACCUCUAUCCAACAUCCUCCACUACCCCUUCCUAACCCUAGCCCUAUGAGGUGCCCUAAUAACUAGCUCAAUCUGCCUCCGACAAACAGACCUAAAAUCACUAAUCGCCUACUCAUCCGUCAGCCACAUAGGACUGGUCAUCGCUGCAGGAAUAAUCCAAACCCACUGAUCAUUCUCAGGGGCAAUAAUCCUAAUAAUCUCCCACGGACUAACCUCCUCCAUACUAUUCUGCCUAGCCAACACAAACUACGAACGCACACACAGCCGAAUCCUGCUACUCACACGAGGCCUCCAACCCCUACUACCCCUCAUAGCCACCUGAUGACUACUAGCCAACUUAACAAACAUGGCCCUUCCCCCAACAACAAACCUUAUAGCAGAGCUAACCAUCAUAAUCACCCUAUUUAACUGAUCCGCCCUCACAAUCAUCCUGACAGGAAUUGCCACCCUACUAACCGCAUCAUACACCUUAUUCAUGCUGCUAGUCACCCAACGGGGCUCAAUUCCCUCCCAUAUCACAUCCAUUCAAAACUCAACCACACGAGAGCACCUGCUCAUAACACUCCACAUCAUCCCCAUGUUCCUCUUGAUCCUCAAGCCCGAACUAAUCUCUGGAGCCCCCUUAU